CAGCAACAGCCGUCUCUCCACAACCCUGAGCACCCUGACUCUUGACAGCUGGCGUUCGCUGUUGCACGUCCCUCUCUUCGCGCGCCUCCUCCCCCCCUCUCUCUCUCUGAGCGCUCGCGCAGCCGCUCCAGCAGGCUGCAACUGCCUCUGCCGGCUAGCGCUUGUCGGCCGAGCCUCGCCGCUCCGCUCAUCGCUCCGCGCGGCGCCCGUGCACCCUUGCGCGCUCUCUCUUCGGCCUCGCACCUCGUUCUCCUCUGCACCUCUCUGCACCUCACUGCGCUUCUCUUCUGCGCUGCGCCUCCUUCAGUCAAGCGCACGUCUCUUGAGCUGCGAGUGCGCCGCUCUGCGCACGCUGCUCGCCCAGCAUGUCGUCGUCGGCAUCUCACGACUCUCUCUCGCUGGCGUACGCACAAGGCUUUGACGCGCCUUCGGCCUCUUCCUCCUCUGCACUCCCCUCGUCCGCGCACUACUACCAACACCAGCAGCCGCAGCACAGCGCGCAAUACUCCGGCUCCUCGAGCGGCACCGCGCGCGGCGCACCCGGCGGCAGCGGGCCGCCUUCGGAGCAAUGGCACGGCGCUGGCGCAGGAGGCCACUCGGCACAUCCCAGUCCGGACUUCAAUCCGCAGCGACGGAGGGGCCCGACGGCCGACGGCGUCAUGCAGAUGCGGCAGCCGCAGCCGCAGAUGUACAGGCCGCAGGGCGCGAAUGGCGUGCCGCUGUACCAGCAGUCCAACACCUCCGCGCCCGCCAUCGACCACGGCGGCCGAGCGUCGCGCGGGCCGCCUCUGGCCGAUGAUCUGGGCGUGCCUUUCGACAAGCUCUCACUCGGGCAGCCCACGCGCACCAUGACUCCGCUCGGCGGUGCCGAGGCCGAGCGCGCCAGCAUGCGCUAUGCGCAACAGGAGAUCUACCAGUCCGCGCGUGAAGUCGAUGCUUCCAACUCGCUUGCUGCCAUCUCGCAGGAGGUUGAUGCGACAGCGGCGGACCUUGCCGAUCGACGACCGAGUGCAGGCUCGAUCAACAGUGGCUACGCCCCGCAGCAGAGCUACGACUACUCGAGACAGCAGCACCCGCCGCCGCAGCAGCCGCACGGAGGCUGGUCGGGAGACGGCUAUGCGCCAGAACAGGGCGUCUACUACCCGCCCGAAGAGGCCUACUACGGCGGCGGCGCCGGCUCUGCGCCCUUCAACCCGACGGCUCAUCAUGGCGCCUUCUACGGCGGCGCAGGUGGAGGUGCGGGCUAUGCGCAGUCGCAGCAGGGCAGCUACGAUGCGCCGCAGGGCUCGUACUAUGCGCCUCCAGGCUCGGCGGGCGCCUACGACUACGGCGCGCAGGCGGGCUACCCGGGCUUUCCGCCGCAACAGGCUCAGGCGGGGCACCCGGAGCUCAUGCGCGCGCCUUCGUCGGGCUCGCACAUGAGCAUGGGCAUGGGCGGCGGCCUGCAGCCCGGCAUGGCCGGCCUGGUGCGGCAACACACGCAUCUCAGCAUGGCCAGUGUCGUCUCCGGCGGCUCUUCGGCGGCGGUGAAUGCGCGCCGGAAGAGCAAGGAGGCCGAGGCUCAGCGCCAGACGCUGCCGUUCAACAAGGCCUUUGUGGAGGAGUAUCGGCAGCGCAUGAAGGGCGACCCAGAUGCAGAGGCGCAGUUUGCGUUUGCAAAGUAUCUCAUCGAGGCGGCCAAGAAGGUGCAGGAUCCGAAAGACGGGCCGAAGCAGGCGCGCAAGUAUCGCGAUCAUCUCCUCGGCGAGUCGCUGAAGCUCAUCAAGCGCCUGGCGACGACGGGCAUGGGCCUCGGCAAGCCGCCGUACAGCGAGGCGCAGUUCUUCCUGGCCAACUGCUUCGGCAACGGCUCGCUCGGCCUGCAGGUCGACCACGAGAAGGCCUACAAUCUCUACGUGCAGGCGUCGAAGCAAAACCACCCGGCGGCCACGUAUCGCACGGCCGUGUGCAACGAGGUGGGCGCAGGCACGCGCCGAGAUCAUCAUCGCGCCGUGCUCUUCUACCGCAAAGCCUCGGCGCUGGGCGACACGGCGGGCAUGUACAAGCUCGGCAUGAUUCUGCUCAACGGGCUGCUCGGCCAGCCUCGCAACGUGCGCGAAGCCAUCGUCUGGCUCAAGCGCGCCGCGGGCCAGGCAGACGAGGAGAAUCCGCAUGCGCUGCACGAGCUGGGCCUGCUGCACGAGAAGCCGGGCAGCAGCAGUGUGGUGCUGCAAGACGAAGCGUACGCGCGCGAGCUCUUCACGCAGGCCGCGCAGCUGGGCUAUGCGCCGGCACAGUUCAAGCUCGGCUCGGCGUACGAGUAUGGCGCACUGACGUGUCCCGUCGAUCCGCGCCGCUCCAUUGCGUGGUACACGAAGGCGGCGGGCAAGAACGACGGCGAGAGCGAGCUGGCGCUCAGCGGCUGGUACCUGACGGGCAGCGAGGGCGUGCUGAAGCAGUCGGAUAGCGAGGCGUAUCUGUGGGCCAGAAGAGCGGCGACGAAGGGCAUUCCGAAAGCGGAGUAUGCCGUGGGCUACUACUCGGAGGUGGGCAUCGGUGUCAAGGCGGACCUGGAGGAGGCGAAGAGGUGGUACAUGCGCGCUGCUGCGCAAGGCAACAAGCGCGCCAUGCAGCGCCUGACGGAACUCAAGAAGAUGGGCGGCAAGGCGGGCAAGCGCGGAGCCAGGCCGACGCGCAAUGAGGCGGCUUCAGAAUGCUCGAUCAUGUGAAGCGCUUCGACGGCCACAAGCGCUGCAGCAGCACUCUCGCUGAGCGCGCCAUGAUCGGGGUCUGGCGGGCCCAUCUGAGCUCGCUGCUCAGCCUCGCCGCCGCGGCCCCAUGCUGGCGCCGCAGCAUGCUCCUCCCGUCUGGCUUCUCCCCAUCGCCGCCACCGCGCUGCCUGUAGACGCGGACGAGACUCGCAGGCUCCAUUCGCCCUUGCCGCAAAUACCCCUUUCAUUCUCCUCUGCGUCGGGCAUCGAUGUGAGCGGUGAAAACCUCUCAUUCGCUCUCUCUUGCGGCAGCAGUGGCAAGGGAGAGCUGCACGGCCAGACUAGAGGAAAGUGAGCCCGAUGCCGAGCUGGAAGCCCUUCCUCGUGCCGUCGCCCAUGCGCGCAGUGAGCGGCAGGCCCGCAUUCAGCUCGACGCGCAGCGGACCUUGCGUGUAGACGAUGCCGAUGCCUGCGGAGGAGGAAGGCUGCGCGAGAGGCGCAAAGGCUGCUGGCCG